AUGCCUCUCCUUCUACGCGCCACGGCACGCCUUCACCCGAGGCUGCUCGUUUCCCGCAUGCACACGACCGCACCCGCCAGCGCACCGCGCAAACCAGACACAGACUCUCCGCCGCCGCAAACCUCUGACACGGCACAAUCCCGGCCCGACCCCGAAGAAGAAGCGGCGCGUCUCGACAAGACGGCCUACACGCCCGGCGGCGAUACCGGGCCCGAGGCCGCGCGCCACCGGGCGCAGCGCGAAACCAGCGGCGCCGACGACCCGCUCGAGUUCACCGGCGCGAACCACGAGCUGAGCAAGCCGAGAGGCGACGAGGGAUCGCGGCGCGAUGCAGCGCCGGGAAAGGACGGCAGGCGGUCGAGCGGUGGAAAGCCUUCACGGAACGGCAAGCCGUGA